ACACUCAUUCUGCAACAAAACACUUGUUUAUGCUCUCUUUCCUCUGCUCCUCUCCUCCUUCCAUAAAAAUGAGCACAACUCCAAGAAUGCAAGCAGUGAACAUAGGAGUGCUUCUCCUGUUUUGCACCUUGUGCAAUCCUGCCUUGGCUGUCUUAGAUGGGCUACUGAGCAAUGGCAACUUUGAGCUCGGACCAAAGGCAUCCGAAUUGAAUGGAACCGAAGUUCUAAAACACAACGGAAUACCUGAUUGGGAAAUAUCAGGAUUUGUCGAGUACAUCAAAUCAGGACAGACACAAGGUGACAUGUUGCUAGUGGUGCCUGAGGGAGCGUAUGCAGUCAGGCUAGGAAAUGAGGCAUCUAUUAAACAGAGAGUGAGUGUGAUAAAGGGAAUGUACUAUUCACUUACGUUUAGUGCAGCAAGAACUUGUGCUCAAGAAGAGAAAUUGAACGUGUCGGUGGCACCUGAUUCAGGCGUUUUGCCCAUGCAAACAUUGUAUAGUAGUAAUGGAUGGGACUCGUAUGCUUGGGCAUAUCAAGCUGAGUAUGAUUACUCAGAGAUUGUCAUUCAUAAUCCUGGUGUUGAAGAGGAUCCUGCUUGCGGACCACUUAUUGAUUCCAUCGCAAUCAAGGCUCUUUACCCUCCUAAAGCAACUAGCAAAAAUAUACUGAAAAAUGGGGGGUUUGAAGAAGGGCCAUAUGUAUUUCCUAACACAACAUGGGGUGUUCUGAUUCCUCCAAACAUUGAGGAUGACCAUUCACCUCUCCCUGCCUGGAUGGUUCCGUCUCUCAAAGCUGUCAAAUACAUAGAUUCAGAGCAUUUUUCGGUGCCACAAGGCAGACGAGCUGUUGAGCUCGUGGCUGGAAAAGAAAGUGUCAUUACUCAAAUAGCCCGGACCACUCCUGGCAAGACUUACCAUCUGUCAUUUGCGGUUGGAGAUGCUAGCAACUCUUGUGAAGGGUCCAUGAUCGUCGAGGCCUUUGCUGGUAGAGACACUUUAAAGGUUCCUUAUGAAUCCAAGGGCAAAGGAGGCUUCAAACGUGCAGUGCUACGUUUCGUUGCCACGACUACUAGAACUCAGAUCAUGUUCCUUAGCACAUUUUACACUAUGAGGAGUGAUGACUUUGCUUCACUCUGUGGCCCUGUUGUUGAUGAUGUCAAGUUGUUGAGUGUCCGUUAUCCGCGUAACAAGGUUGUGUGAAGAUGUUCUUGCUGACUAUGUCUGAGUACUAAUAAGUUUUAAGUUGUAUACUAUGAAUAUGAGUAGUUUUGUUUGAGUGAAACAAGAUGUUUAAGUUUCAUCCAAUAUAUAUUGAUGUUUGGGCAUGAAGGACUAAUAUACCUUCAUAUAUAUAUACACUAUUGUAGUUUUCCAAAAUGGUAUAUGUAUAUCAGUGUGAUUCUGUUACAA